AUGGGUGCUGCGAGAUACACCGGGCGAACCGGUCUCAUUGCGCGUGCAAUGAAGGAUUUCAGGUACUCACCUGGUUCCCUGCUCACAACUCAGUCUCGAGUGACGCGCAGCAUGACCGCUCUCUCGUCAUCGCCUCCCAUCAAGCCCUUCUCAACCUCCACCUCCUUCUCCUGCGCCAGUCACCAAAGCACCAGCGCAGCAUCACCCUCGGGCGUGCAGGCAGAUCUCAAGCCUAAGAGCCAGGCUGAGAUCGCUGGCACGGAUCCCACAGAUCGAUAUGCAGCAGGCCUGCGCCUGAACAAGGAGUGGGCUGCACAGACAGCCCGCAAACAGCCCGACCUCUUCCCUACCCUCGCCUCAGGCCAAACGCCGCAGAUUCUGUGGAUCGGGUGCUCUGACUCUCGCUGCCCAGAAACCACAUUCUUGGGCCUCGAGCCCGGCGACGUCUUCGUGCAUCGCAACAUCGCCAACGUUCUCCACCCAGGCGACCUCAGCUCCUCCGCCGUUAUCGAAUACGCCGUACAAUACCUGCGCGUCAAACACGUCGUGGUGUGCGGGCACACAUCUUGCGGUGGUGUCGCGGCUGCCAUGGGCAAUAAGAAUCUGGGUAUCUUGGACCCGUGGCUAUUCCCUCUUCGCCAGCUGCGCGAGCGCAACCUCAAACUACUUCAGUCAAUGCCUAGUGAUGAGGCAGCGUCGAAGUUGGCUGAGUUGAAUGUUCGCGAGGGCUUGAACAUUGUCAAGCAGAAGAGUGUUGUGUUGAAUGCCAUCCGCGAGCGAGGACUUGAGGUUCAUGGCUUGAUCUAUGAUGUUGGAUCGGGCGUGCUCAGUGAAUUAGACACCCAGGAUUCGGAGGAGGUUAUCAGGGCUCGUCUGACGGCUUUCCACACGGAAUAA